AUGAGCGCAUCUACGAAUGCCACAAAAUAUAAAAGCAUAGCCAGGUGCUAUGCUGACGUGAAUGCAAAGAUGCCAGCAAGCUACUGGGAUUAUGAUAAUCUCCAAGUGGAAUGGGGCAACCAAGAAAAAUAUGAAAUUAUUCGUAAAGUGGGUCGUGGCAAGUACUCUGAAGUCUUUCAAGGCAUCAACAUUACCAACAAUGAAAAAUGUGUCAUCAAAGCAUUGAAGCCCGUAAAAAAGAAAAAGAUUAAGCGUGAAAUUAAAAUUCUUCAAAACUUGGCAGGAGGAACCAAUAUUGUGGGUCUUUUGGAUAUUGUUCGCGACCCUAUUUCCAAGACACCUGCGAUCAUCUUUGAAUACGUCAAUAACACCGACUUUAAAAUCCUUUAUCCACGAUUUACAGUUUAUGAUAUCCAAUACUACAUGUAUGAGCUAUUAAAGGCUUUAGAUUAUUGCCAUUCAAAAGGUAUUAUGCAUCGUGAUGUGAAGCCUCAUAAUGUGAUGAUUGACCAUGAAAAGAAAGAGUUACGCUUGAUCGAUUGGGGAUUAGCUGAAUUUUAUCACGCAGGAACUGCAUAUAAUGUUCGUGUCGCAUCGAGAUACUUUAAAGGACCUGAACUUUUGGUAGACUUUCAAGAAUACGACUAUAGCUUGGAUAUGUGGAGUUAUGGUUGCAUGUUUGCUAGCAUGAUCUUCCGUAAGGAACCAUUCUUCCAUGGUCAUGACAACUAUGAUCAAUUAGUAAAGAUUGCCCGUGUGCUCGGUACAGAUGACCUUUUUAGAUAUACCGCAAAAUACAGUAUUAAGCUUGAUCCUGAAUAUGACAACAUUUUGGGUAGACAUCUUCGUAAGCCAUGGACCAAAUUUAUUACUGCAGACAAUCAAGAAUUUGCUUCAGAAGACGCACUUGACUUUUUGGACAAGUUAUUAAGAUAUGAUCACCAAGAACGUCUUACGGCUAAAGAAGCUAUGGAACACCAUUACUUUGAUGCUGUUAGGCAAAAUCAGUCUUAA